AUGGCGGCAUGGGUGGACGGUCUGAGCGACGUCGAGCGCAAGAUGCUUGCGUAUAGUAAGUCAGUUGGACUUGUGCCGUACGCGAGCACGCCUCCAAAACGGCAUAGGGAACAGCAAUUCUCUUCCGAGGACUCGACAGCUCCGCCUGACCCAAGUCCCGACCCAGACGGGUGGCGGCUCUCGUCGACAGCAUGGUGCUCCUGUAAGCGGUGCAGCGUCAUGCCCACGUCGAGGGAGUGCCUCUGCUGCCGGGAAUGUCCGCCUGCGGUUGCGACUCAGCCGGAGGGGUGCGUUACCGAGCAUAAGGACUUUGCCCUAAUCUGCCUCCAACCUGCUGUGCUGAGGAUAGCUUACUGGGCUCUGGACGAAGCAGGUCUGCAACCGGCGCCGGGCGAACAGACGUGCGUAUUUGGCCUGUAA